AUGAAUUCUUAAAUCGAAAGAAACUCUGAUCCUCCCCGCACUAAUGUGAUUUUGGUUGUAAUAACUAACAAAGCUAACAAAACCUUGAGUCAUGAUAAAUAUUUUAAAGUGUUUAGCCCUUUUGGUACCAUAUAGAGAGUAAGUGUUGGGCUAAUAUUGUUUAGAUGCUCAUCUUUGAGAGAUCACUCACAUGGAAAACCUUUGUGGAAUUCGACAAUCCAGAAUCAGCACUAAAAGCUAGAUCAUAGAUGAAUGAUAAAUUCUUCUGUGAUGAUAACACAUUGUUGAUGAAUGUGUAUGCGAGCAAAUUGACUUACAUCACAUUCCAAGAAAACAACACUGGGGGAGUAGGUAUGAGUGUGAUUAAUUGGUAGAUUACACUCAGUUAAGAAAAAAGGAAUCCUCACCUCCAAAUGAAGUGACUUAAUCUUCUUCGUCCAUCAAAAGCAAUCCCAUUCCUCCUUAAUAAAACUUCUAAUUCUUGUAAUCACAAAUGCAGUUCUAACACCAAAUGUCUCAGCAAAUUCAGCAUAUCAAUUCUUUGAUGGGACAAUUGCAAUAGGCCUGUGCAGAAGGCUUUGCCACACCUUUACAAUAGACAACCGACCUUUAGAAUCAGAUCGAGAAGCAGCAGUCGAUUUUGAAGGACAUUUACGACUUUUAACUAAAAUUUUCUAAUCUCACAGACAAUUACUAAAACUUCUUAUAGGAAUACAACCAACUCGACGAUUAAAAGUCAAUCAGUGUGCAAUCUAGCAACAAUGGCAAACAAAAUAGGAAGAAACUAACAUUGCCGAAUGACAAGAAGGCUCAAAAUGGGGAUUAGAUUGAAUUCAUACAGAGUUAUCAUGAAACCGAUGUUACUAAGGAUGUUAUGUUCCAUAGUUCUGAUAAAUUGAUUGAUCAAAUGCAGGUACAGAAAAUGUAUUUGAGUGAGGGGAAGAGCGUUGCGAAAGCAGAGGAUCUCAAUUUCAAUGGAUUGGGUUUGAGAGACUCAGAAGGAGAGGAUGACAAUCUUCAGGAAUACGAAGAAGAACUAUUCUAAUGCGAUAAUGAGAUUGAAAACGAUGAAGAUGACAUCAACAAUGAAUUGUUCAAGUUCGUUGAUCAGAAUUAAGAGUUCACUGAAGGAGAAAAACAGAAGAUCUUCAAUAAACUGAAUCAAGAUAUGCUCUUUGACAAAAAUGAUAAUCAAGUGGCUCAUCAAGUUGAAAAACAAACGCAGCAAAAUACCAUUGAAUAAUCAUCUAGGAGUGUCGACAAUAUUGAUCAAUUGAUCAGCAAAGGCAAGAUCCAGAGAUAAAGUACUUCAAAAAGUCAGACUCUGCAACAAUAAUAAGAGAAACUUGAAGAAUAUGUGAAUCCCCUAUUUUUUAAAGGUUCUUCUUUUAUUGAUUUAGUUUAGCUCUACGCAAAUCUAAAGUCAUCUAUGCAAGAUGGUUCGACAAGAAAGUUGUCACAUCGGCUAUGCUUUACAAUAUAUUCAGCAUCUAUGGCAACAUCGACAAGAUGAUAUAUCUCAAGGAGAGAUCAAGUUGUCUCAUUCAAUAUGUGAUGUAGGGUCAUGCAGCUAUAGCCAAAGAGGCUUUGAAUGACAUCAUGUUUUAUGGAUAAUAAAUCAAAGUAUCUACCACUUACUAAUUAGAUCUUUUUUUCAAAUUAUGAGGAAAUAUCCUUAAAAACAUAACCAACCAAACCAGGUGAAAUUGCUUCCGAUCCAAAAACCCAAGAGGAAUACUUUUAAGGAGGAGAAGAAACUCACCGUAUCAAACCUGAUUCCACUUAUACUCUUGCUCCACCUUGUGACACAAUCUAAGUUUCUAAUCUUACAAGAAAUUCUUGUCAAAAUUCUAUAAUGUAAUAAUAUAUGCAAGAUUUUGGAUAAAUCAAAGCGUUGAAGUAAAAUCAAUGUUAUAAUUAGAAUUCUAUCUACUGGCAACAAGUAUUUGUGUAUCCUGAAAUAUGCCACUACUGAGGUGGCAUUGACAGUUUUAGCAAAUAUGAAUGGAUUAGAAUUGGAUGGAAAGUAAUUAUAUUUUGUAAUAUAUAUAUAGACCUAUAUAAAUUAACUUUUCUAAACAAAAAUUAUGAUUGGUUGAUUUAUCAAUUAUUCGGAUU